AUGACGCCGGGCUUCACGGCCGGCCACCGCAUCGAGCCCGAGCCCGACCCACACGUCGCGACAUUGGCCAUGUUCACCAUCCCCGGGCAGAUAGCAUUUGACCUGGUGGUGGUAGGCUCAGCCGAGGCGUGCGGCGGCGCGUCGGACGGUGACAAAGGGAGCGAGGGUGUCGCGGCGGGAUACGGGGUGGUGGACGAUUCGCGGCAUGGACAGGUGCAUCUUGGCGGGUUCCGGGCGGCAAGCGACGUGAUGGCACUGCGCAAGGCUGGUAUCACGCACGUUCUGUGCAUGGACAAGGACGUGUGCCACCCUGAUGAGGUGGAGAGUUAUCUGGUGGAGGCGGGCGGAGCGGACGCGUUGCGGGUCAUCGGGCUCACCCACGCAGCAGACGAGGACAUUACAGCAGUGCUUGAUGAUGCGCAUGGGUUCAUCGACGGCGCCCGGGCCAGCGGCGGCCGCGUCCUUGUCCACUGCCUCCGUGGCGUCAACCGAUCUGGAGCCAUCGUCGUCAGCUACGUAAUGCGCGCACUCGGGCUCGGCUACGACGAUGCGCUUGCCCGUGUCCGCGCUUGCCGUCCCUCUGUCCAGCCUGAUGAGACGGACAUGGCGGCCGACGAGGUGACAGCGGCGACCGAAGUGGUGCGGGUGGCGGCGGCAGAGCACCCACGCAACUUUACCCAUCGGUGCAGGGCGAUCGUGACGGCGCUCAAGGCCAGCCGUGGCGGGACAUGGCUGGCAACGGCAACGCGGCGGAAGAUGACCUCGCGGUUCCAGUACACCAAGGGCACCAUGCUGUUCUUCAACCUCGACGGCGUCAACUACCAGCUGUACCAGGCCCCACCCGUGACCAUGGAGCGCCCGGCGAGCCGGACGCCGCCGCGACUUCCGCUCGACCGCAUCGCCGGCGUGGCCGGCCUCGACAUCCGCAAGACGACGCUGCCGGAGACCGAGACCACCCACAUUGUGUCGCUCGCCCUCGAGAUGGCCACCUCGGUCUCGUCAGAUGCAGCGCACAACUUUCGCGAUGCGCUGCACCAGUUCUACGGCGCGCCGUGGCACGUCUACCUCUCGUCGUCGGCCAACCCAGCAUUUGUCUUUGGCUGCUACGUCGUCCACGACGGCCACUACCUGCACGUCAACCUGCCGGGCGCGCUCGACCUGUAUGCGUUCAAGUCGACGACCGGCGCGAGCUCGCUACUGGGGGCGCGCCCGCUGGAGCUCCAGAGCGGGCGCGGAAGUGGUGGCGGCGCCGGCGCCGGCGGGUCGUGGUGUUCGCGGUCGCGCCUGCGCUGGGUGGGGCCUCUGAGCGUGUGGAUCGCCUUUGUCGCCUUUGUCUUUGUCUUUGCCGUCCUCCCGGCCGCGUAUCCGACCAUGACCGGCUCGGGCUUUACCACCUUUCAGGGCCCGUGGCUCUGCACUCGAUGCUCUCAGAAGUUUACCGACUGCUCGCUCUUUGCCCUCACCUCGAUGGGCGCGCUCGACGAGCAGCACUGCCUCGAGCACCUGCCGCAUCUUGCCAAGCGGGACCAUGUCUCGGCCGACGUGAGGGUGUGUUUUGGUGACGCUGCAGCGUUCAACGGCGAGACGUCGUACUGUGAAGAAGUGACCCGCGGGUUCUGGGUCGUCUUUGGCGUCGGCCUCGGCUUUGUCGUUGUCAACAUUGCCGCCAUGCUCGCGCUGGCGUACUGGCGGUGGGUGAGGCCGAAGAGCGCACGCCGCAAGGCCGUGCACUCGCGUGCCUACCCGCCGCUCCUUGUGCAGAACGCGGCAUGA